UUCCUCUGAUCCAGGCGCAUGAAUGCGGCGGCUCGUCGGAGUUUCUGUGUUCGGUGUGUCAUAAAGGGUUCCCGCUGCAGCGCAUGCUGACGCGACACCUGAAGUGUCACAGUCUGAUCAAGAGACACCCGUGCAGAUACUGCGGGAAAGGCUUCAACGACACCUUCGACCUCAAGAGACACAUGCGCACACACACCGGUAUCCGCCCGUACAGGUGUGAUCUGUGUGAGAAGGCCUUCACUCAGCGCUGCUCUCUGGAGUCUCACCUGAGGAAGAUCCACGGCGUGCGGCAACAGUACGCGUACCGGCAGCGGCGCUCCAAGAUCUUCGUGUGCGAGGACUGCGGCUUCACCUCGAGCCGACCCGACGAAUACUUCCUCCACGUGAGACAGCAGCACCCGAGCAGCCCGGCCCUGCGGCGGUACUACCGCAAACACCUGCUGGAGAACCCGCCGAACCACGGCAUCGGGCCCUUCGUGCUGUAUCCCUCCGCCGGCCUCUACAUGUGAACAGCUCCAGCCUCAAACACUCAAGCAGACUCUCAAAGGGACCCACAAACGUUCUACAGUAACGUCAAUAGAACGUUCGCUCAACGUUAUCUGCUCUUUGAUAAUGUUCUCACACAAAACAUCGCUCAAGGAGGGUUUUUUCCUGAAACGUUCAGUUUUGACAUUUUUUAAAUGUCACUACUUGUUUCAGAAGAACAUUCAAAAGUAACAUUCCCAUGAUGUUUGAACAUUUUGAAAUAACGUUUUCAUAAUUGAAUGGGUUCUUAGAACAUAUUUUUGUGAGCUGGGUAUGACACGCAAUAUUUUCUUAUUUAUUUUAGUCGGGAUGCA